AUGAGAAGAGUUUAAUCAGCAGCCCCUAAUUUAGGUAAAAUAACUAAUUCAUCAAUAGAAUUUUCAAUGGAAGACAUGUUCAGAAUAGCUACAAAACAAACAUCUGCUUUUGGAAUUGAAGGAUAUGAAGUUCCAAAAAAAUAUGCCGAUCCACUUAAGCAAAUGGAGGAUAGAAAAUUUUCAGCAUAAAAGAAAGGUUAAAAAAAUUUAGGAUAUGUUACUAAAAGAGGACACUAUUUAGAAGAUCAAAAGAAAAUAUAUGAGAAACUGCCUGCCCCAAAUAAGUACGAUAUUGUUAAGCCUUGGGUGAUUUAGGCUUAAAGCACUCGAUCAAGGUCAGCUCCACCAAAAAGAACAACUUUCAUUGACUAAAUAUUCAAGGAGGCUAAAUUAAGAGGAGUUCCAGGUUCUGGUAAAUAUAACGUUGAAAAACCUUUGGACGAAGUAUUAAAACAAGUGGAAGAAUAAAAAAAGAAAAAAAUUGAAGCAGCUGACAGACCUACUUAUUUAAAUGAAAUAUAACACUUAGCUGUAAUUAAUCCAGGUCCAGGAAAUUAUAAUCCCAGACCAAUAUCAAAAAAAUUAAAGAAAAAUGAAACCAAACCUUCUGAUUUUAUAACUAAACAUUAAGAGUAAGCUAAAAAAAGGGGAAAAUCAGCACUGCCUGACGUAGGCUCAUAUAAUCCAGAACCACUCUCAUUUACUACUUUUAAUAAAUUAUCAGUAAAUACCAAAAAAAAAGAAAGAGUAGAUAAACAUACUUUUGGUACUGAUGUGAGGUUCAAAGAUCCAAAAAAGAGUAAAUCAAAAUAAUCCUUAUUACCUGGACCUGGAUAAUACCCUUUAAUUGUCUAAUGGUAAGGUAAAGACCAAGACAAAUCCAAAGCAAAGAUAAAAAGUUAUAUGCAAUCUACUACUAAGGGAAUAGAGCGAUCAAUAUAUUAUUGA